UGUUCAGGAAGCGCUCAACGCCGAGAAUCAUGGCAGAGAUUUGAUGAAGAAGAGAGAAGAGUGCAGACGUAGCCUAUUUUAUUCAUGCCGUGCGUAAGCCUAGAUUGGCGCAUUCCCUGGAAAGUUUGGGCAUAUGACCUCCCAACACACGCCUCUGCUGAGGCGUCCGCUACCUCCAAAAGAGUUGCCGCCCCUCAAGCCCCCUCCGUCUCCUCUUCUCUCCGGGCCUGCUCUGCAGAAGGAAGUGUAUGAGUCUGAGAGAGCAGCAGUGGGAGGGGCUUCAGGCUGCUGCAGCCCCGUUGCAUCAUGGGAGUGCUGCAUGCCGCAGCCGACCCCCCUGCCGUCGCCGUGCCAACAGCACGGCAUGCCCCUCCCCUCUAGCUCCCCGUCGCCAUGUCAACAGCACGGCAUGCCCUCGUUGCCGCCGGGCCGCCUGCGCCGCCACACUACUACGUUACCCAGGAUGCAACACCUGCUGCACGGGCCCAGUGAGCACCUACGCUACGCCCCGGCCCCUCCCCUCUUCCUCCUCAACAGCUUCCUGCUUCCUGUUCCCGGCCCCGACCAAUCACAGCUGCCUCUGCUGGCCAGGAGGCGGGUCUUGGGCCGCAGGUGGGUGGAGCAGCUCCUGGUUGGUCUGCACAGCGCCGGGCAAACGCAGGUGACCAAUCAGCUCCUCUCCUCAGAGGAGAUCAUCCCGCCCGCCCAGCAGAGCAGAGUGCCCCGCCGACAGAUGCUGUGCGAGUUGCAGGCUCUGCUUCAUCUGCGUUCGUUGAGGAGUGUGUGUGAGUGCAACAAGCCGAGUCCGGAGGAGAAAGAGGAGGAUGUGGAGAACACCACCGUACACACACACACUCACCACAGCACACCCUACCCAGGUAAUGAGGUGAUGUUGAACGCUGUGACGACUAAACACUUCCAGGGAGUUAGGAGAACACACUCGCCCUUCGAGCCUGCGGGGGGGUGGGGGGGCAUCACCCCCUCCCAACUAGCCAUCCUACACACACACACACACGCCAGCACGCACCUCAGCCUCAAGGCUCACUUCAUCAGUCAGCUUCCUGAUGUGUCUCUGUUGGCCGACACCCUACAAUACCUCAACCUCUCAUUCAACACCCUGACAGAACUACCCCUAGAGGUGUGUUCUCUGCAUGGUCUUCAGCAUUUGAAGAUGAGGAGUAAUCCUCUGAGCCGUCUGCCCUCUGAGAUUCAGACACUCCGCAGUCUACGCACACUCACACUCUCUUUCUGCAAACUAGAGGAGCUGCCAACAGAGCUCUACUCUCUUCCUUGUCUGCAGCAUCUGGAUGUUUCCUACAAUCUCCUGACAGCCCUCAGCAGUGACAUCCGGAACCUCAAGUCUCUGCGUCAGUUGAAUGUCGAGGGUAAUCAGAUGUUCGGUCUGCCGGCGGGAGUGAUGAGUCUGUCUCUAUGGCAACUACAGAUGGACCUGAACUACACACACCCCGCGCUGUGGAGGCUACACACACACACACCACAACGCCUACAGGACAUAGCUGCACACACACUCACACACGCCCUCACACACACACACACACACCUCCAAACUGACACCCUGCCCCCUCAUGCCCAGCACUCACUCAGCAGGGUGCGUAUGUGUGACUGCUGUGGAGGUCCGCGGUUCGGAGAGGAAGUGUGUGUGCUGCGAUGCUGCUCAGAGCUGUUUGGGGUUGCCAUGGUGCCGCUGCUGUUCCACUCCUGCAGCCCCGCAUGCCUAUGCAGCUUCAAAACACACAACACAAACAUAAUGUACACACACACAGUAGACACACACACAUAAUACACACACACACACACACACAUACCCACACACACACACACACACACACACACACACUCACACACAUACACACACACACAGUAGACACACAAACAUAAUAUACACACACACAGUAGACACACACACAUAAUACACACACACACACAGUGGACACACACACAUAAUACACACACACACACAGUGGACACACACACAUA